UAGGAUAACAUUUUAAAAAUGCAAAUGCUCUUCAAAUAUUCUUUAUCCAGUGUUUUUAUAUCAAGCUUUUGGUAGACUAUUUGCAAUUACAAUAUAUAUUUAAAAAAAAAAUCUGUAUGUUUUGAUAUUAUAUAUUGAUAAUCCAAAUUUUAAUAUAAAUAAACUGAUAUAACAUUUACAAAUUAAUAUUGUGUAUAAAGUUUCUUUGUGUUUUAAUAUUUUUUUGUGUAUAAAUACUUUAAUUUAAUUUUAUAAUUUACAUAUUAAUUAAUAUGCUAAGUUAUUCAAUUGUAUUUAUGAUUUAAAGUAAUGAUUUAAUAGUUAUGUAUUUAAAAAGAAAUCUAUAAAACUUAUUUAUGUAUAUACAUAUUUUAUAGUAAUGUAUAUAUGUAAGUCAAAAUUAAGUUAAUAUUAAUAGAUAAGUAUUUAAUAAUAAUAAUGAUAUUAUUUAAAUAUUUAUCAUUUAAUAAUAAUAAUGAAUUACUCGAACUAUCUAAACUACUCGAAUUCAAACCGGAACCAAAUAAUAACCGGUUUUGUUUUGGGUAUUUUUUGGUUCGUAGUAGAUAAAGUAGUAAAUGGAUCUUUUAACCGGUUAAACGGAGAAAGGUUGAGUGUGGGUAAACGGCAACGUUUUGUCGUCGGAAUGAAGAAUCAUCAUCUCUCUUUGGUUCCUAGCAAAACCUAAAAAAGGGGAGCCAACUGCCAUUUUCUCCGUUCAAAAAAAUGCGGCGGCACAAGCGAUGGCCCUUGAGACCCCUCGCCAGUGCUUCGAUUCGUUCACGCUUCUCUUCGACGGCGGAGAUAGCCACUACUCCGACGACGACGGAGGCUUUCCCGUUGAAGCACGUGACGAGAUCGAACUUCGAGACGACGCUUAAUGAUCUGCGUACGCAUGUAAAGGCAGCUGAUUUCGUGGCGAUAGACCUCGAGAUGACUGGCGUGACGAGUGCUCCGUGGAGAGACUCGUUGGAGUUCGACCGCUACGACGUCAGAUACCUCAAAGUGAAAGACUCAGCCGAGAAAUUCGCAGUCGUUCAGUUCGGCGUCUGUCCCUUCCGAUGGGAUUCUCUCACUCACUCAUUCCUCUCUCACCCGCACAACUUCUUUGUGUUUCCUCGUCAAGAGCUCGCCUUUGAUCAUCAUGAGUUUCUCUGCCAGACCACAUCCAUUGACUUCCUUGCUAAGUAUCAAUUUGAUUUCAACACCUGCAUCCAUGAAGGAAUCUCUUAUUUGUCCAGACGACAAGAGGAAGAUGCAAGUAAGCGUUUUGAAAUGCUAUAUCACGAGGAAGGCAUGGUGGAAGCAGAGGAUUUCAAGUUGGUGCGAUUGGCUGAUGUUCUUUUUGCUCAAAGGAUGAAGACCAAGCUGAAUGAAUGGCGGUCUGAUCUCUUACAUGGUGGGAAGGCAUCUUCUGAGUCUCCGGGGAGCUCAACUCAGAGUACUGAAACUGUGUUCUAUCACAUGCGUCCGGCUCUUAGUCUCAAGGGUUUCACUUCUCAUCAGCUCAGAGUUAUUAAAUUGGUUUUAGGAAAGCAUUUUAGAGAUCUUGUCUACAUACAUGCGAAUGAUAAAAGUUCUUCUUGUUCACAAGACUUUGUUGUGUUCACUGAUUCAGAAUCCGACAAGGCAAAUCUCUUGAAGGAGGCAAAGGAUGAACGCAAGAGAGUGGCGGAAAGAAAGAUACAAUCUGCAAUAGGGUUCCGUCACGUGAUUGAUCUGCUUUCAUCAGAGAAGAAGUUGAUUGUUGGUCACAAUUCUAUCCUGGAUAUUGCACAUGUAUACAGCAAAUUUGUGGGACCUCUUCCUUCCACAGCUGAGGAAUUCGUGGCCUCCAUUAGGGACCACUUUCCUCACAUUGUUGACACCAAAAUACUCGUAAACGUGAAUCCAAUGUUGCAUCAGAGGAUGAAGAAGUCCAGUACAUCACUAUCCUCUGCCUUCUCCUCGUUAUGUCCACAAGUCGAGCUUCCUUCUCGAGGCUCUGACUUGUUUCUUCAGCAGCGUGUCAAGAUUGACGUCCAAGUAGAUAACGUUAGAUGUUCUAAGUGGAAUGCAGGAGGCAAACACGAAGCUGGUUAUGAUGCUUUCAUGACAGGUUGCAUCUUCGCACAGGCGUGUAGUCAUCUAGGCUUCGACUUCAACCAUCCAUCAGUGAACUUUGCGCAGAACGAGAAACUUGAAAAGUACAUUAACCGUCUUUAUCUAAGCUGGGCAAGAGGAGAUAUCAUCGACCUUCGAGCAAGCCACAGUAAUGCCGAGAACUGGCGAGUCUCAAAGUUUAAAUACGAGAAGAUAGUCCUCAUCUGGAACUUCCCACGAAAACUCAAGGCUAGAGAGAUCAAAGAAUGCAUCUGCAAAGCCUUUGGUUCGACUUCCGUCACUUCUGUCUACCACUUGGACGACACUGCUGUUUUCGUCUUGUUCAAGAACUCAGAACUCGUUUCAGAGUUCCUAAAGCUUAAGGAGCAGCUGGAGUCAGACGAUGGUCCUGUCACGGUCAUUCACCCUCUCUCCAAGAUCCUUGAAGGAGGGAAGACUGGCGCUGCAGACUACGAAGCCUACAAAGAGAUUUGCAGCUCACAUAUCUCAAAGGUCCUAUUCUCUGACCAAGCUGAAACAGUUGGGGUCAAAUCAAGAACAAGACCCGACCCAAAAGGGGAGACAAGCCCUGAGACUGAGAGAAGAGAGAAGGCUGAUAAAGCAUCGGAUUUGAUCGAUGCUUUUUUGGCAAAUAGUGUUAAAGUCGAAGCUGCUGGGAUUAACUAACCACAUUCCAUUUCUUAUCAAAGGCAGCGUGUCUUUUUUUUAAUAGAAAUUUUGUCAACUCAACAUGAAAGUCAUAUAUAUAGUUUGAUUCCAAAUGUUUGUUUUAUAUUUUGGGCAGUUAAUAACUUUAAAAAAAAAAACACUUGAAUGCAAUAAUAUGUGGAUAGAUCUAAUACCAAAUGUACUACUGUCCAUUUGGGCGCAUCAAUGAAAACUCAGUUGACAAAAAAAAGA